AUGAAUUUACUAUUGCUUAGAGAAACUAACUUGAAGGAAUGUGUCGGUAUAAGAGGUACACCACUGAACUUAUCUAGGUAUUUGAGCAACAGGAAGCAAUGUGUAAAAAUUCAAGACACAACUAUCGACUUCAGGGUAGUAGAAUACGGAGUGCUUCAGGGCACUGUAUUGGAGCCAAUCUUAUUCAACAUCUAUAUGAAUGACUGGUUCUUAAACGAAACCAACGAUGGAGUACUAGACUGUGCAGACGACACCGUCAUUCGAAACUGUAUUACAAGUCUAGCACAAAGGAAAGACUGGGCAUAUGCAGCUAUCAGUAUCGUUGUAACCCGAUUAUCCAGCGAAGGUACUCUAGUUGUCCUGGCAUCUAUUGUUGCAGCAAGGCUCGCCGGGGCCGAGCUCAAUCCACUGCUUCCACAUUUUCUCAGCCUUAUAUAUAACGUAUGGUGGAAGCAGUACGCCAGAAGCCGACCCGCACAUCAUUAUGGUAGUAGCAGUUUUGGUAAAGCUGCAUAUCUUUUCAGGGAUAUACUGGCAGAAAGUGUGGAAGGCAUCGUAGGGGAAUGUCAGACCGGAUUUACAUGCGGAAGAAGCGCAAUAGACCAAGUGUUCGUACUACGAGAAAUACAGGCAGAAAGCUACGAGCACAUGAAGCCGACAUUCGCAUUAUUCGUAGAAUUCAAACAAGCAUACGAUAUGGCGGAAACAGGGGCGGUCUGGGGCAGAGGACGUGUAAGCGAGUACGAUGAGCUCAGCUGGCGGAAGAUUGAACUCAGCUUCAUCUAUUUCAAGGACAUCAUCAGCCAAUACGAUCUCCAUACUGUUGAUAUCAAAUCCGUUAAAGGUGCUUAUGUGUUCAUCAUAUCUUUCUGGUAA